AUGUUCCCAUCGAGCACCACAAACGCGAAGACAGCCACAUUACGUUCGAUGUCGACUGGUUACUCCAGUUGCCGGUCCUCCAAGCCGUCUAUGCCCAGACUACGGGAGGUCGUAGUCACGCCGACGACAGCUGCACGCAUGGACUCUGAAGUGUGGGACACCGUCUUGAAUAACGAGCACUCGGUUGACCAAUUUUGGAUUGGAAGAUUCCUCAGACAACCAUCAAAACUGGAGCACGAUAACGCACAAUCCAAAAAUCCUGCUUCUUAUCUAGUAUUUUUUACGAAAGGGCUCGAAGGGUCCUCGAUCCCCUACGGCGGCGGGCCGCGGAAAUAUCUCGGCCGUCACUUUGCGAAGCGACAGAUGUUACUCACCGGCGCCUUGAUGGUAAGCCUGCUUGACUGCGAGAUACUAGAGGCUGGUGUGAAUGUGCAGGAGGACUUCACGCUCAUGGGCUUCGACAGUGGCAUGUCGUAUCCUGCUGGCAAGGUUCCGAUGAGAAUACGGCGCAGGGACAAGAUCGACGCGUGUAGCUCAAGCAGCGGAUUUGGGGAUGCAUUGUGA